GUUUAAAGGGAAGAAAGUAUCAUCUCCGAAACAAAACGUUAAUUCAAUUAUUUGAAAAUUGCUAAGAUCAUGGCUACCAGCAGACUCACGGAAAUGUCACAAACGGUGUCACACCAUGCAGUGCAGAAAGAGAAAGAUUCUAAGGAAGUGAAAUCUAUGGCCAUUUUGAAAAAUGCUACUGUCCAUUUUUCUCCCAAUUUCUCCCUGCUACAGAGAAACACAAAUCUGAAUGUACCACCAUCAAAUUGGUUAAGACAAACCUCUGUAGUGGAGCAGAAUAUCCAUGACUUCACUCAGCAUCAAAGUAGCAAAUCGUACCUCAGUAGUAUAGAGAUGGCUGGCAACUCCUUAGAUUUGACUGGGGAGGUGGAUGUGAUUACAAAUGCACAGAACAUUAAGAAACUGCUAAAGAUUCCCUUUAGUCGCUCACACAUUAGUAUGAUGGUGCACAGGAUUGGGAAGUCACUGCUGCUUGAUGAGUUUGAUAUACACAAACACUUGCUUCGUCAACAACAGGAUGACUGGAAAUGGCUACGAGAGUUCUACUAUGAUUGUGUUGCCAGAGAUAUGCAAAUGAAAUGUGUUCCGAGGAAAGAUAAAAGUCGCCACAAACAACAGACAAGGAAUAUGUAUUCCAAGUUUCUCUACCACAGUAUUGCUGAUGCCAAUCCAGGCGAGAACAUUGAGAGAGAAUUUCCUGUUACACAGGUCUUUGAGAAAUUGGAAGAGAAAGAACUGAAGCUGAUACAUGAAAACCCAUCUGAGAAUCCCAGUGCUGACUUUCACAAGGAAGUCUUGUGGAUGUUUGAGGAUAUCAGAAUGCUUAUUGGAACAGACCUUCCUAUAUUUUGUGGUAACAACUACCCCUGCAUAAGUCUGAAACUCAGGGACAUGAGGACACCAAUCAAUGUGUUAACUGGUCUGGACUACUGGCUUGAUAAUCUGAUGUGUAAUGUUCCAGAGGUGGCCAUGUGCUUCCAUCUUAAUGGAAUUGUGCAGAGAUAUGAGCUUAUCAAAACAGAGGAUAUUCCAAAUAUGGAGGAUUCUCGAUUUAAUCCUCAGGAGGUGACAGAAAUUGCCCGAAACAUUCUAUCAUUCCUGAAGGCCAAUGCCACCAAAGAAGGCCACACCUACUGGCUUUACAAAGGUAAUGAUGAUGACGUGGUGAAGUUGUAUGACCUGACAGCCCUAUGUGGUGACAACAUGGAAGGAUCAAAUCCAUUUACAGUACCACUGGGCAUGUUGCUGUAUCGAGUAGCACGCAACCUGCGACAGCAACAUCAGAGGAAAAAAGCUCCAACAGUCAGGACUCUUUUAGAAAAUUGUCUACUUCUUUUGAUGGAUGACAAGCAUUCACAGGUGUGCACCUCGGCGUACUAUUUGUUAUCUGACCUGUAUGUACCUGACAGUGUUGUGAAGGACAAUGAGUGGGAGAACUCUGACGUUGGAGAAUUGGAUGAGGAGAUGUAUGAUAACGAGUCAUGUCAGGAGGAGAAGGAAGAACCAGAAAACUCUACACAGUCCUUGGAUGUCAAGAACUUAUCCAACAGAAACCAAGAAAACAGGAAACGGAAUGAUCAGGACAUCACUAAAGUGCGACCAAUAGUUGGAGGUGUAACAGAAAAGUGUGGGGAAGCUCUCCAUAACAUACACAAGGGCCUACAAUGUCUUGAUCGAGAUUUCACUGAGCAAAUACGCAAGAGUAAGAAUAUAGUGGAGGAGCAAGUCUGGUGUGACAGUAAUCAGGCAAUACCUCUCCAUUAUGAACCCCUCCAGAAGUCUGCCCCACCCCAUAAUGAGUCAGAAUCCCCUCUCCAUGACCUUGAUCACCUACAACUGGCUGAGACUGAGUCAUCCUGCUCCUGGCACCGCUUGUCUAAAGUCCUGCUACUAAGAAAGGCUGCCAUGGCAUUCUACUCCUUGGCGAAGUUCUCUCUGUCUUCAAAUAAAGCUGGAUGUGCCAUGCGAUACAUCAAAUCAUCCCUGCGCUGCUUCGCUGGAGUACGAGUCCUUUUGCCACAGAAGUUUGAGGAGAACAAGGAGUUACUGAUGAGCAUGCUGGGAUUGGUUGGUGAUAUCAUACUAACAUUCAUCCAUGAUGGCCAGACAUAUGAAGAUAUCAAUGUAAACCUUAUUGACUACACAGAGGAAGAAAUGGGCAUCCUGGAUAGCGUAGAGCGGGAACUGGACACCUUCGAACACAGCUGGGCGUGUGACCUACGGGGAGAGAAGGAGAAACUCCUUCAGCAAUGCUCUGCCUGUUACAAGAAUGCCCUUGACCUUGCUACAAGUCAGAUGUCACCAGAUUCUCAAGCAUUUAUUGUCACAUUACGAAAACGAUAUGGAAACGUCAAGAAUGAAAUGGGAGUGUUUUUCAUGGGUCAAGCUCAAAUCUUCUUGCAGAAAUCAGACUUCACAUCUCCGUGUCAUGACAUGGAUAGCCUUUGUGAGAAAAGCGAGAACUGUCUAACUGAGGGUAUCCGCAGCUUUGAACGCGUCUCUGAUGCUGCUAACCAGGCGUUGCUUCACUCCAAUAUGGGACGACUGAUGAGGCUGCGUGCUCAGGCUCACACCCAGGUUACCUUACAGGGAGAACGGCCAGAGUUUAGUCAGGAGGAGAGGACAUUCUACUGCAAGGCAAUGGACUGUUACCGUGUAGCGCUGACCUUGUUGAAGUCACCCACCCGUUAUCCCGAUAUCUGGGAAUCUGUCUGUUGGGAGUUGUCCACCACUUAUUACAACAUGGCUGUCCUUCUACAGGACUGCACUCCGCUCUCUACUGAACCUCGACAGAAGGUGGAGAAAGAGGUUGCUGAUCUGAUGAGUAAGGCAUUGAAGUAUUGUGACAUGGCCAACACCUCUGCGCGGCAGGCUAUGUACCAAUACAGAUCGGGAUCUGUUAACCAUCGCCUGGCAUCUCUUUACCACAAGUCCAUACGUACAGAGGUAAGUGACCAGAAGAAGAAGUACCUGCGACACUUGGCAGAGACCCACUACAACAAAGCUGCUCAUUUCUUUUCUGCAGUCGACUGCCAUGUUGAACUCCUUCGCACCAGACUAGAACACUUUGCUCUGCUUGAGUUCAUCAUGUCAGGUUUAACCAAUAUGAAGUUACGCCUUAAGACAUUGACCAGUGGUGUUGCAUUUCUCCUUGAGUGUGAGAAUGUGUUGACGGCUAUGUUAAAUGCAGUUGGAGAGGGAGAUACUGAUGAUAAACAUAAGUGGGAAGCUCUCAGUCUGAUGGAAAUACUGGACUCUCGUCUUCAGUUCGCUCUUCUACAGCUGGUCAAGUGUUACACCUCCCUCAAACGCAGAAAAUCAGACCAGGAGCAGUUGAAGACUUUGUAUGCCAAGAGUCUGAAGAAGGAGCCCAAUAAAUGGGUAGAAAAUACUGGAGAGUACAAUGAACUGACUGUGAUAGGAACUCAUCUUGUCCAUCUUUUGGCCGACUUUAGGAAAUUCUAUAAAGACACUCUCCUUCAUGACCCAGGGUAGACAACUUUGAGGAGGUUCAAGAACUGUGAUCAUACUUACAAUUUAAUGUCGACUGAAGGAUAGUUUUCAACAAAAUAAAAAAUAGGAUAAAGUAGAUGACAUUAUUGUCAGUUGAUGAUUAGGACAUUUGAACUACACAGGAUCAUAUUUUGUAAAACAGGGGUAUACCCUAGUACCUUUUGUUUUAAAGACUUCCCAAAGAUUUUUUUUAAAAAUAGUAUUUAUUUGUUUCUUUUUAGAUUAAGAAAGAAAAUUUGAAACUGUUCACAGGAUUUUCAAAGUAGCAUAAUAAAAGUUACAUUGUAUAAUGAUGGUAUGUGAUGGACCAGUAUGCAAGCAUCCUACUGUGGUGUCAUUGAAAUGUGUUAUGUAACAACCUACUGUGGUGUCAUUAUAAUGUGUUCUGUAACGAUCUACUGUGGUGUCAUUGAAAUGUGUUCUGUAACAACCUACUGUGGUGUAAUUAUAAUGUGUUCUGUAACAACCUACUGUGGUGUCAUUGUGUUCUGUAACAAUCUACUGUGGUGUCAUUGUGUUCUGUAACAAUCUACUGUGGUUUCAUUAUAAUGUGCUCUGUAACAACCUACUGUGGUGUCAUUGUGUUCUGUAACAAUCUACUGUGGUGUCAUUUUAAUGUGUUCUGUAACAACCUACUGUGGUGUCAUUGUGUUCUGUAACAAUCUACUGUGGUGUCAUUAUAAUAUGUUCUGUAACAUUCUACUGUGGUGUAAUUAUAAUGUGUUCUGUAACAAUCUACUGUGGUGUCAUUAUAAUGUGUCCUGUAACAACCUACUGUGGUGUCAUUGUGUUCUGUAACAAUCUACUGUGGUGUCAUUGUGUUCUGUAACAAUCUACUGUGGUGUCAUUAUAAUGUGUUCUGUAACAACCUACUGUGGUGUCAUUGUGUUCUGUAACAAUCUACUGUGGUGUCAUUUUAAUGUGUUCUGUAACAACCUACUGUGGUGUCAUUGUGUUCUGUAACAAUCUACUGUGGUGUCAUUAUAAUGUGUUCUGUAACAUUCUACUGUGGUGUAAUUAUAAUGUGUUCUGUAACAUUCUACUGUGGUGUCAUUAUAAUGUGUUCUGUAACAAUCUACUGUGGUGUCAUUGUGUUCUGUAACAAUCUACUGUGGUGUCAUUGUGUUCUGUAACAAUCUACUGUGGUGUCAUUGUGUUCUGUAACAAUCUACUGUGGUGUCAUUAUAAUGUGUUCUGUAACAUUCUACAGUGGUGUCAUUAUAAUGUGUUCUGUAACAAUCUACUGUGGUGUCAUUAUAAUGUGUUCUGUAACAUUCUACUGUGGUGCCAUUAUAAUAGGUUCUGUAACAAUCUACUGUGGUGUCAUUAUAAUGUGUUCUGUAACAUUCUACUGUGGUGCCAUUAUAAUGUGUUCUGUAACAACCUACUGUGGUGUCAUUAUAAUGUGUUCUGUAACAUUCUACUGUGGUGCCAUUAUAAUGUGUUCUGUAACAAUCUACUGUGGUGCCAUUAUAAUGUGUUCUGUAACAACCUACUGUGGUGUCAUUGUAAUGUGUUCUGUAACAACCUACUGUGGUGCCAUUAUAAUGUGUUCUGUAACAAUCUACUGUGGUGUCAUUGUGUUCUGUAACAACCUACAGUGGUGUCAUUGUAAUGUGUUCUGUAACAACCUACUGUGGUGUCAUUGUGUUCUGUAACAACCUACUGUGGUGUCAUUGUAAUGUGUUCUGUAACAACCUACUGUGGUGUCAUUGUGUUCUGUAACAAUCUACUGUGGUGUCAUUGUGUUCUGUAACAAUCUACUGUGGUGUCAUUAUAAUGUUUUGUCCCAUACCCUCUCCUGUCUCGCGAAGUUUUGUCCGUCCUGUUCCAUUCUGAAUUAGUAUCAUAUCUUGCAAAAUAACAGAUUAUUAGCAUUUCCAUUUCCACCACCCAAGCCACCAUGAAAAUAGAUCUGACCCGUUGCUUUUGACCAGUGUUUAGUGAAAAUUCAAAUUGCUGCCACUGAACAAACGAGUAUCAGAUGCAAAAUUAACACUCAAACUAUAUAUGUCUGACCUGUCUCAACAAACCUACAGCUGUGAAAUGAGGAAGGUUUCAAAUUUUUUUAAAAUUCAUUUUUGAAAAUUGUUCACUAACCACUGGUUUUCUGUAACCAGUCUACAUUGUGUUUAAUGGCUUUAGAACAGAAAAACACUUACAAAAAUAUCUCUUAAAAGGUCUUCUUGCAAAACUAGUUCUAGAUAAUAAAAAAUGAUUUUUUUUAUAUCUGCAUGCAUGUCUCUAGCUUCCUUAAAAAGAAAAUCUGUUAAGUUUAUAGUCUGAUGAUUAAACAGUCUACAUAAGAGACUCACUUUAGCCUUGUUAUGAUAGUAGGAUUGUGCAUUGUCAUAUUCCAGUAAAUAUUGAGUUAUUGGAACAUUAUUUAAAUAUAUGGCCAGUAAAUGUGUUUUAUUUAUAAUAUCAAAGGAAGUUGAGAAACUGAUUUUACUCUUCAGUACCUGACCAGCAUUGAUGGAAAGGUUGUUUUAUGGUCACUUUUACUCAACUAAUUGAAAAAAAAAUGUUUUUGUUUUAUUUAUUUUAUCUUCAAAUUCAUAAUUAUUCCAAUGUUUGCUCACCUAGCCCACUGAGUUAGGGAGCUCAUGCUAUGAUGCAGUAUCCGUCUUCUAUCAACAUUUCCUUAUAAAAGUCUACUUUUCCAAAGCUGUUGAACAUAUUUUAACCAUUUGGAUUGAUAAUUGAGGAUUUAAGGUCAAGAGAAUGGUGUUCUUCAUUAUUAUAGAUAAUGCCUUCCUGUAUGCAGAGGAUAGUGCCAAAAUGAGGGAUAAAAAUCAAUGCUUAAAAAUCUUUUUUUCAGUUCGAUUAAUAGAUUUUUUUAUGAAUCAUUAGAGAAUUAAGAAGUCCGUGCUUUAUAUCUGAGAAUUGUCCCCUUAAGAACAAAACUGAAAUCGUAUGUAUACAUGUAUCUUUUACCAGAAAUUGAAACACAGCAUUUCAAAAAAAUAGUACGAUAUCCCAUUUUUUCUGUAAAAUCUUUGAUAAUUUAAAUUAGAUAUUAAGAUUGAAGAUCAUUCGUGAUCUGACUGUUUUAGGCUGUGUGGUUGACAUGGUUUUACUGUAUAUUGUCAAUGGUAUUUCCAUCUGAUUUGAAACCCAACUUAUAUGCUUCAGCUACAGAUGACUUGUACACAAGACAUUUUUAUGCUCCCAAGAAAAUUUUUGGAGUGUAUGCAUUGAUGUAUGCAUUUGUCGAAAGAAGUCUUUAUCAAGAGGACAUAUAGUGUACCAAAAUCAGGGCCCAAAAUCUCUUUAAUCAGAGAAUUGUUGCCAUUUGUUGAAAUUUUCUAAUAGUUUUUUGGUUUCUUUUUUGAGCAUUCAUCAGUUUCACUGAUAUUCUUGUUUUUCAAGUUUCGGUAAGACUUUAUAAAUUGGAUGGUGUCACUCGGGUAUUGAAUGAAACAGGUGAGCUAUACAAGCCGUAUAUAUUAUUUGUUUAGGUGCUAUAUGACAAUUUUGAUACUGUAUUUUGUUUAGAAUCUUCUAAAUUAAGUCAUGCAUCAAAAUGAAGACAAGCAUGUACUUUUUUACUUUACCGUAUUAAAGUUGAUCUACAUUCUGAGAUGUAAA